CACGGAUUGAAAUGUCCCCUUGGGCCAACCUAUGCACCACUCUGAAUAGCCUUAUUGCAUGACUUCGGUCUCUAUAAAACCCAGCGGGCCAGCAUUUGCCGACACGCUAUCUUUCCCCACACAGGCUGCACCCCACUCUCAAAACAGUAUUGCUCCCUGCAAUACCACAACGGCAACUCAGAGGGCUCAACUGAAGCGCUUUGAAUUCAGCAAGGAGGACACGGAGAUGAGUGACCGCAGUUGGUCUAACAACGCACACAUUCCCCGAAAAGUCGAACUUCCAAUCUCAUCGGUCCGCAGUCUUCGAACCUCUUCGCGGCGAAGCGUCAUCUGUGUCCGCUUCCACAGGCAGCCGCAAGGACAACGCUAAUUCAUUAUGACGAAUCGCCCAAAAAUACGUCUCAGUCAAGGUUGCUAUACAGUUUCUUGCAUAUACCAGCUGCCGAUGGAGUUGCCAGCGGCAACGUCUAUGCUGGAUGAGACGUACUAACCGCUACCGCAAUCACGAGCGGAUUCGGAAACCUAUGUUCUUGGCUAAAUCUAUACUCGGGAUGUUGCUCUAGUUUGUCUCCCUGAGAUGGGUCUAACACCUGCAGCGAUGGUGGCGCAGGAGGUAAAACAAUCCUUUCCAGAUCUACGUUGCGCGUUACUGGUCGGCAUCGG